AACUUAAAUCGCGGUAAAGUGAAUUUCGGGCUAAAAAUAUUUGGGAAAGAAGACUAAUUUGGCAACCGGUCUCAAAAUCGGGGAAUAAAAAUGUCUGAUGACGGGAGCAAGUCCUUGUAGUAGUGCGUUUAAUUUAGGUUAAGAAAAAGAAAAGUGAAAGUUUUUGAAUCCUUUUAGCAACAAAUAAAAGGGUUUGAAAACAUGGUGUGGUGUUACAUAAGUUUUCAGGUGCUUGAUUUCGAGUGCUAAAGCAUGUUUAUUUCCUCCACUGAGGAAUUCAAAAUUCCUCCAAACUGGGUGUACCGAGGAGAAGGCAAUUGUAACGUAGUAUUAUCAUUACCAAACGAAAGAAAAAUACUUAGAAUUAGAAAAACCAAACGGACAACUUCGUUACUUAGUUGGCUACUUAAUUGGAUAACGGAUAUUUUGUACUGGUACUGCGGCAAUGCCCUAAACGAGGAACUACGAGAUCUCACUUUUUACAAAAAAAUUAUCAGGCCGUUAAUAGGAAUCAAUUUCGUGUGUGAUGCUGAACAAGUGUUUUUAUCAAGGAAGCAAAUUAAGGUUUUAGAGGAUGAGUUGGCCCACCAGAGGCCUGGUUACAGGAAAAACAAAAGUUUGCAAUAUGGCAGAGCUGCUUUAUUUGAUGAUUAUGCACUUUUGCCAGACGAGUUCUAUCCUUUUCCACUAUCAAAUAACACGUAUGCUAUUGAAAUUAAACCAAAGCAGGGGUGGAUACCCUUCAGUGAGAAACACUUGCCUAAAUGCACUUUUUGUCUCAAUCAAUACGUCAAGAAGGAAAAUGGGCAAAUUAACUCAAUUUCUUCAUAUUGUCCCGUCGAUCUUUUUUCUGGUGAGCCAUCAAGGAUGGUCAGCGCCUUGAAAGCAUUAAUUGACAGUCCUCAAAACAAUUUUAAAGUGUUUAAAAAUGGUGAAUUAUAUUACGGAGAGAACUGCGAAAUUGAGUUGUUUAAAAAUUUCAUCGCUGAGUUUUUUAGAACCGAACGCGAAACUUAUGAAACUUUGGUGCGUGAAUUUUGUGUACUAGUUAAGCAGUGUCUACUUACAAAUUUUGCAACAAUCGAAAAAACAAAUAACUGCAAUAUGAAGUUGUUUUGCGAAUGGAAUAAAAUCAUUCAGGAGAACUCGUUUCAAACAAAGUUGCCGAAAGGGUGUGUUCUUGAAAGAAUUUUGUCUGUUCAAAUGUUAGAUGUGGAAGGAAAUCAGUAUUAUUACAAACUACUAGCCAAAAAAAAAUUAGGAGAGUAUGACUAUGUGAAGGAAUUAGUUAAAGAAGUAUCCAGGAGGCCUGGGACUUGUCUCAAAUGUAUAGUGAUGAUGUUAGGUAAUAUAGAUGAAAAAAUAAUGAGAGAAAAUCAUUUGGUGCUUGUUCCUUACUUAAUAUCUGCAAUAGCAAAAGAUUGCUCUCUUAUGCUAACUUUUAAAAAAGUAAUGGAAGUCAAUAGUGAUAAUUAUGGUAUGAAAAAUGUGAUUAGUACAAAGUUUGGCGAUUAUGUCGUCAACGUUGGCGUUUUUGACUUGUAUCCCAAACCAGUCUCAACUAUUUUAAAACAUAGGAAAAAGAUGAAGAAGAUUUUAGAAACCUGGGCGAAGAAUGAAGCGUGAUGUAUUAUCUUUAUAUGUAUUUUAACUGUUUUACGUGCAAAAAUAUAUUUUUAUACAGUU